GGCUGUUUCACUUCUGCAUAAAAUUUGCAUCCUGCACUUUUGCUGUGUUUCUGUUUUGAAGCUGUUAUAAUUCACUCAAUUUAAAAGGCUGAAAUUCGACUUCGGAAUCGCUGGCGAUGAUUAGAAAAACUGAUAACAGCUUUGAAUAAGAGAGGAAACCACAAGGAAAUCUGCUGAACUUGACAUGAAUCGCUGGGAUCCAAAUGGGAAUUCGAUGAUCGGCAACAAACAAAGAAGAAAACUCCGAGGAGGAGGAGGAUGGGGAAGGAGAGGAGGAGGAGGAGGAGGAGGAGGAGGAUGGGGAAGGAGAGGUGGAGGAGGAUGGGGAAGAGGAGGAGGAGGAGGAGGGAGAGGAACAAUGCUAGGAGAGGAAUUCGCUGAACAGUGGCUGAGUAAAAACAGAAUGGAAAUCUCACAAACAAUGUGGAAGCAACUGAAGAUGGGAUGUGAGCUGAGGCUGAAGAAACUCUCAAGCCAGGAAAUAAAUUGUUUGAGUUCAGAAAACAUGGAAAAGGAUCCCGACUUCCAGAUGGAGGUGGAGGGAGAUGGAGAGGAGGAGGAGGAUGAGGAGGAGGACGGGACAAUGGAAGCCAACGAAGCGGAGGUCACCUCAACAUCGGACGUCCCGUCCGCAUCCGGAUCGGACUGUCAGACUUCCGGAUCGGACCAAUCCGGAACCGGAAGUGCGCGAGCGACUCGGCACAGCGUCAACCCGGACUUUGCGGCCAAACAUCGUCGCUUCUUGAGCAGUGUGUCCGACAGUCUGAAGCAGGACGACUUGUCGGACCGACAUGUCGGACGGUCGCGGGAACGAUCCGCUGGGAAAUCGCUUGCUAGAGAACAAGUUGAUCAACUUCCAUCAAAACCACAAGAUGAUACAGGUGAUCAAGUACUUCCAUCAAAAUCUGUAGAUGAUACAGGGAACAUCUCUGAUGAAAUUAUUGGAAAAGAGGGGAAAUUAUCUGAGGUUGUUGGAUCCGACAGAACAUUAGAUCAAACUGUGUCGGAUUCAAGUGGUGGUAAUGUUGUUGAAGAGGGGAACCUAUCUGAGUUUGGAUCCGACAACACAUUAGAUCCAACUGUGUCGGAUUCAAGAGAUGGAUUCGGGGUAGAUAGUUCUGAAAAAGUAGCGAAUGUAACUACUGAGACAAAAGUACUGGAUGGUCCAAUGGACAAACCUGGUGAAACGUUAAACCCAGCUGGUAAAUCGCGAACUGUAGAAGAUGAUGUACUUGAAAAAACUGCCACUAAACUAACACAUGAUAGUUUUGAAAAGAAGUUUGUAGAAAGUGAUGGAGCUGCAGAUGGUGGGCUGCAAGAUGUACAGGUCGGAGUACCCCAUAAUAUAGCAACAUCACAGGAAGAAGUUGUAGAAAUUGAUGAUUCUCAAGAUAAAUGUUACAUGACAGCUGAUCCAAUUAUGUCAGAAUCAAUGAGUAAUGAUGUUGAACCAGUGGUGGAGUCCUGUCAAGACAGUUGUGACACAAUACUGGAUAAAAUCAAGACCAAAGUACUGGCUGAUACUAUUGACGAACUUAGGGAAAUGUCUUCUCUAGAAGGCUCUGACAAACUAUCUGAUGAACUUGAGGUAAAACUAAUGAAAUUGCUGGGUAAGUCUCCGGAUACUGUCAGAAUACCGAAUGUUGUAGAUUUAUGGGACGAUUCUGUAGACAGUACUGACAGAGUACUGUAUGAAACGUCGGUAGAUAACUCUGAGAGAGAUAAUGAAACCUCUGUAGAUAACUCUGAGAAAGACAAUGAAACUUCUGGGGACAGCUCUGAGAAAGACACUGUUAGAACGACUUCUAGGGAUGAAUCUCCUAGGAUACUGCGUAUACCUUCAUCGAAGUCAUCUGAAGUAUCUGCUCUUAGAACUUUGAGGAAAUCUGAUGAAUCUGCAGUGAAGGAUAGUUCUGUAAAUAGAUCGCCAACGGACAAACCUAAAGGACAGGAAGCUCCAAAGAAAAGAUAUGGAAAUCGGAGGGAAUCAUCCGGCAAAAUGGCGUCUGAAGAUGACGAAACACGGGAUGAAUCUGGGGUGAAAUCGUCAGAAACAUCCGCUGAUGGUUCUGUAGAUAGAUCGUCAUCGGACAAACCUAGAGGUCAGGAAAGUGCAAAGAAAAGACCUGCCAAUCGGAGGGAAUCUUCUGGCAAUCGGAGGGAAUUAUCUGGCAAUCGGAGGGAAUCUUCUGGCAAUCGGAGGGAAUCUUCUGGCAAUCGGAGGGAAUCUUCUGGCAAUCGGAGGGAAUCUUCUGGCAAUCGGAGGGAAUUAUCUGGCAGUCGGAGGGAAUUUUCUGGUAAAAUCGCGGCAGAAGAUGUUGAAGAGGAUGAGGAUUUUCCCUCACGCGCCAUCAGGAGUCGCUCAAGAUUCAGCGACACUAGAAAGAGAAGACGAGGAGAAGACGGAAAUGGAGAGGAAGAGAAGGAGAAAGAGGAGGCAGAGGAAGCGAAGGACGUGGAGGAGGAAUCGCGGAAACCGAAGAAGCGAUCGCUUGAAAAGAUGAUGGAUUCUACUCCUAAACCGAUUAGAGAAGGAAAGGACAUGUACUGCUGGAAAUGUCACCGGGAAGGGACAGCCGUUGCUUGCAAAAUCUGUCCGCGUGCUUUUCACCUGCGCUGUCUGCAUUUAGACGCGAUUCCGCCCUGCGACUGGGUGUGUCCCGAGUGUAGUAUGACGCUCUACGCUGAAAACACUGAGACCAGGUCACCAGCCAUGAAGUCUUUGACGCUAGAUCAGCUAUGCAAUCUGCUGAAAUACGUUGUUGCAAGGAUGCUUGCAUAUGAGGGGUCGGAAUGGUUCGCCAAGCCGGUGGACACCACCGAGUUCAAAGAGUACCGCAAGUUCGUGGUGAACCCAAUGGACCUGUCCAUCCUGGAGAAGGGCAUCCGCCAGAAGUGCUAUGGCAGCACGCAUGCCUUCAUGGCCGACACCCGCUGGAUGCUGCACAACUCUGUCGUCUUCAACACGUUCCAGUCAAAGUUGACCCAUCUCGCAAAGACGUUGGUGAAAAUUUGCAAACAAGAGCUGGACGAGAUCGAGACAUGUCCCGAAUGCUAUCUGAACGCACACACUCGUUCGGACACGUGGUUCGUUGAGGCGUGCAAACGGCCGCACCUCCUCGUGUGGGCCAAGCUUAAGGGCUUUCCCUUCUGGCCGGGCAAGGUGGUCAAGACAAACGCUGACAACUCGGUCGAUGUGAGGUUCUUCGGCGCGCAUGAUCGAGCCUGGAUUCCUGUCAAGAAUGUGUACCUGUUCAGCAAACUGAAUCCUUGUUCAGCGAAACACAAGUCGAAGAAGCAGUUUGAUGACUGCAUGAUAGAAGUUCAACAGCAUAUUAAGAAGCUUCGAGAUAGAUUUGGAGAAUUUGUCUACCCGCCAUUCAAAUGCUUGUUUGAUGCCAGCAAAGAGGAAGAACAGUUGGAAGCCAUGCUACCUGGGUAUAAAGCAGCAAGUCGAAGGUAUGGCAAACUGUUGGGACCUUGCAGAAAUUUUAGUACUCCAUCGACAAGCUCUCACGGUCAGAUGCAGCCGAAAAAGGAGUUGAGCGUUAGUGCAAGAAGGAGAGCGCAAGAGAGAAAUAAGAGGAGAGUAAACGAAGGUGCUUCUACUUCUCAAACCAAUAGCUCCAAAUUGGCUGACUGUGAUGAAGAUAUGGCAGAAGAUAGGAGCGAGAGAGAAGGAGAGAUAGAGAAUGACGGAAAGAAGAUUGAAUCUCGGACAUCUUCUCCGAAAAUCGGUAGUAAAGAGGAAUCUAAAGUCACAGAUCCUACGAAAGGAAGUGUGGUCACGGAAAAUAGUCCAAAGAAGAAGAGCGAUAAAGAGGAUAGAGAGAGGAAUGUGGAGAAGGAGAAAAUGGUUGAAGAUGUAGAUGAUGAUGAUGACGAUGACGAUGAUGAACCGCUUGCUAAACGUCUACAUUUGGCCAAACCUAGGGGAGGAGAAGUUAAGUUAACCCCGACUAAGACAGAUCACGCCGCUAGUUUGCAAGAAAAGUUGCAGAUUAUGCUGAGUAAGGAGAAAGUUGUCGAAAGUUUGGGAGUGGAGGAGACGGGUGAUGUCGUCGAAGAUGUGGAGGAAAAGGAGGAGAAUAAUGAGAAGGAAGAAUCGAAAUUUGAUGAGGAGGAGGAGGAGGAUAACGUAGAUGAUGCCGAUUUGGAAAGUGGAAAUGAUGAUGGGGGUAAUGAUGAUGAUGAUGAUGAUGAUAAUGAUGACGAUCAUAUGUCCUCGGCUACUGACUCUGAGAAAAGCUCUGAAAACGUUGAUGAAGAAAAGGAUACCGUUGAAGAGAAAGAGGAGGAGAGUGGGAGUGAGAAAAAUGUUGACUCUGCAGAAGCAAGUGAUGACAAAGUUGAUGUAUCUACAAAGGAUAGUGAAGAUGGAGUAAAUGUUUCUACAAAAGAUAGUAAAGACGGGGUGAAUGUUUCUUCAAAAGAUAGUAAAGACGGGGUGAAUGUUUCUUCAAAAGAUAGUAAGGAUGGAGUAAAUGUUUCUACAGAAGAUAGUAAAGAUGGAGUAAAUGUUACUACAAAAGAUAGUAAAGACGGGGUGAAUGUCUCUACAAAAGAUAGUAAGGAUGCAGUAGAUGUUUCGCCAAAAGAUAGUAAAGAUGGAGUAAAUGUUUCUUCAAAAGAUAGUAAAGAUGGAGUAGAUGAUGCUACAAAAGAAGGUAAUGAAGUAAGUGGCGAGGUGAAACAGGCAAACGAUACGGAAAACGUAAGCAAAGAUACGGAAGAAGUAAGCAAAGAUACGGAAAAAGUAAGUAAAGAUACGGCAAAAAUAAGCAAAGAUACGGAAAAAGUAAGCAAAGAUAAGGAAAUUGUUGUGGAGGAUGAGGAAGAAAUAGUUGAUGAAAGUAAGGAUAAAGUUGUAAGUGAAUGUAAAGAGGGAGAUGUGUUUAAACCUUCAAGUGAUAAGAAAAUUGAAGAGAAAGAGAAAGUUGUAGGAAGAGUAGAAGAACCACAAAUAAAUUUGGUAUCUGAUGAUGAAGAAGUUGUUAUAAAACAAGAAAUAAGUGAGAAAAAUGAGGAACAACAAGAGGAAAGCGAGAAACAGCCAGAGAAAAACGAGAGCCCAAAAUUUGGAUUGGUGAUUUGUGACAUCAAAAGUUUGACGAACGAAGCUGCAAAGGAAUUUAAGAAAGCUGUGGUGCAGCCAGUAUCGAAACCAAAGGCUUUAGACACAAUCAGAGCGACUAUCGAUGACGUCGUGAAACAAUCAAUUCUGAUGACAAGCAAAUCACCGGAAAAAGUAGACAAAAAAUCAUCGGAAAGUCAGAAACCUCCGGUAGCCAGUAAACUGACUGGAAUCGUCGACAACUUGAAUCAUCAAUUCUCGAGAGGUAUGGAGAAGUUGUCGCGUAACUCGUCGAUAACUAUCGAGCCCAAACGAGAUUCGAUAGUCGAUCAUGAGGAUAUCGACCUGGAUAUCGAUAGUCCCAAGUUGAUAUCGAUGUUGAGGGCGAGGGAUCCUGAGGAGCUGGAGCGAGCGCAUCCGUCCAAUAGGAGGAAGGGGUUUCCGUCAAAGGUUCGUCGUAACGGUUCGUCGGCUUCCUCGUCAUGUUCGUCGGAUGUGUCCAGUGUGGAUGAGUUGAAACGAGCGUGUGCCGAACAGGAGUUGAGAGGCGAGAAUGACCGCAAACGCCCAUCCACAACCCCCAUUGAUGAGUUGACCGAUGACUCAUACAGUGUGCUAGAUGAGAUUGUAUUUCAGGUGAGCGGUCAAUUCAUGAAGAAACGCAUGGAGAAAGGCAACGUGACAAUUACACUGGUCACGAGUGACGAGGAUUCGCCCAACAAACAGCAGGCUUCCACUAACAAAGCGCAGCCGCAACUGAAGGGGGGCAGUGUCUGCCUGUCCAAGGAUGUCAGUCUCAGUAUUGUGCGAGAAGAGAUUAAGAAAGAUUUAGGUUUGGACAUGGAGUGUGAGGAGAGUGACACAGAUGACAAAGACAAGAGAGGUCGCAAGAGAGAUGCCAAGAGAGGACAGGUGCAACCGACGGCUCGCAAGUCAUUUCCGAACUCCCCUCAUUUCGGCAGCAAGCCGCUCGUCACCACAACGCUUGAUGGGGGCUCGGAAAUGAUACGUCGGCUGUCUGCCGCUGAGGCACAGGCGCUGAUUCACCAGAAUGGUGCUUCAUCCUCGCCCAGGGAUUCACCAUCACAAUCACCCAAAAUCCAGAGUAGUGCUUCGUCAGCAUUUUACACCAAGAUCUCUCAGAUUGCCGCCAACUCACAGGGAACUGAGGAGGUGCAGAUCAGCAAAGCCAUGUCUGUCAAAAUCCACUCCACCUCUGACUCCUCCAAAGCCCCUCCUCCUCAUCCGCCCCCGCCGCCCGCCAUUCCCCUCACAGCCGCCACCAUAAUUGCUGUCAGUUCAAAUUCGAAUGCUGCCGCGAACAGUUUGCAAUCGAUCGUGAACAGUUCGCGAUCGGGAACGACCGUGACGCAGGCGGCGCGCGUUCUGCCGCAAGUGCAGCAGAAGCCGAGUCCCGCUGCGGAACCAUCGGCCUUCGCCGCCGCCGGCGGUAGAGGGGGGGUGCUGCGCGGAAACUUUGGUCCCGCCUCGGGACGGAUGGAUGCCAUAUCGCAGAAGUUGUCUGACAGCAUGUUGCAACUAAUGGAGGAUAUGUUGCAAGAAAUGGCGCAAGAAGGUCAUAUGGAUGCACAACUGCAUCAGUUGCAACUGAAGCUGGAGCUCGCUGAGUGGAGGCACAGACAGAACAUAGCGGAACACAAGCAUAAUGCAGAUCUGCUUUUGAUGGAGAUGCGAGCCGCUGCAGAGGCGGAAAAACAGCGUUUGAUCCUGGACAUGAAGCAGAAAUUCCAGAUAGAAAAGGAGGCAGCUAUUGAGGAGACAAAGAUGAAGCAAUGGUGCGCACACUGCCGAAAGGAAGCUCUCUUCUACUGCUGCUGGAACACGGCUUAUUGCAACUAUCCUUGUCAGCAAGAGCACUGGACUCAGCACAUGCCGCACUGUGCGCAGAACAGGGCGAUCACUGAGGCAACUGGAACAACUGUAGGGAUUGCACCAGCCAUAGGAAUAACACCAGCUCUAGGGAUAGCACCAGGUGUUAGCACCAACAUCUCAGCACCUGCUGUUAAGAUGCUGACCACAACCACGACUACUGCUCAGAAGGCGCCCAAUCUGCAGAACCAGCUACAAGUGGCGGCGACCACAACUCUGAUGGCUACGGCAACUGUGCUGGCAUCACAACACGAGGCGGCACAAAAGCAACAACAGCAACUUGUCGCACAACAUGUUGCAGCGCAACAACAGCAGCAACAACAACUUAUUGCACAACAACAACAACAGCAGCUUGCUGCACAACAAGCUGCAGCGCAACAACAGCAGCUUGCUGCACAACAAGCUGCAGCCCAACAACAACAGCAACUUGCUGCACAACAUGCUGCAAUGCAAAAGCAACAUGCUGCAGCUCAAAAGCAACAGAAAAAGCAGCUUGAGGCGGCGCAAAAGCAACAGAUUGCCCUGCAAAAGCAACACGAGGCAGCGCAAAAGCAACAGAUUGCAUUGCAACAGCAACACGAGGCGGCGCAAAAGCAACAGAUUGCCUUGCAACAGCAACAUCAGAUUGCAGCGCAAAUUGUGCCGCUGCACCAUCACAACAUGACGCAACAACAGCAACAUCAGCAGAUGAUCAACCAUCAUCACAGCAGAAUGGCGCAGGCACCGAUGAUGGCACAACAGCCACCCAUGGUCAACCAUCAUUACCGACAACCGCAGCAGCAGCAACAUUUCAUGGUGGCCCCCAGGGGACACCAGCAACACCAUGGUGGCUACUACCAGUAAUGGUCGCUCUACACGAACUACAGUGCCGUCUCCGCGCAUCAUCAGCUGAUUGGUGACCUUGAUAUGUUUCAGCUCACACUACUGCAGUGGUCGCUCGUCUAUUACACGCAUAUGUAUUGUUAAACGAUGGAACUGUUUAGGUCAGUUGAAUCUUUCACUAAGGAUUAUCAGGGUAAAUAGUAUAGUCGUAUGUAUCUUUGAAGGAAGAGUUGAAUGAAAGGAAAGAUUAUUGGGUUAAUUUUAUUGUGUUACAAAGUUUUAUCAGGACAAAUAUUAUGGUCGUAUGUAUCUUUGAAUGAUGAGUUGAAUGAAAGGAAAGAUUAUUGGGUUAAUUUUAUUAUUUUACAAAGGUUUAUCAGGACAAAUAUUAUGGUCGUAUGUGUCUUUGUUGGUUGAACGAAUGGAAUGAUUCUUCUAACAACGGUUUAUCAGGGUAAAUUUGUAUAUAUGAAGAAUUAAAUUGUUGGUGUCAGAAGACAUGGGUCUAUCAAGUUUUACAUGCAUAUGUAAAUAACUAAUUGAAGAUUAGUUUUAUUCUUUAAGAUGGAAAUUGUUGGGGGUUUAUUUCAUCCUUUUUCAAUGGUCUUUCAAAAUUCACACAUGUAUGUAUUGUUGAAGAAUAGUUUUAUUCUUUAAGAUAGAAAUUGUUGGGUGUUCAUUUCAUCCUUUUUCAAAGGUCUUUCAAAAUUCACACUAUUAUGUAUUGUUGAAGAUAGGUUUAUUCUUUUGGAUACAGUUAUUAAGUUUAAUCCACCCACCUGGAGGGGUCUUUCAAAUAUUACACUCUUAUGUAUCGUUGAAAGAUUGCAAUUUUUGGGGUCACUUGAUCCUUUUAUUGAGGCUUUUCAAGUUAAAUAGACUCGAAAUUAUCGUUGACGAUUUAUUAAGUACAGUAAACCGUUUUGCAAAGAGCUUUUGAGCUCCAUGCUUGUAUGUAUCGUUGAUGAACUCUAUUAGUUAGGGUCUAUUCACUUUUAAAUUAUUUAUUGUAAUAAUCAGUUUGUUUCUAUUAUAACUGUUAGAUCUUUCAAUGGAUCCUUUUGCAAAGGUGUUUCUUCAAGUAUUACACUCAUAUGUAUGAUUGUGUGUAUUACUAUUAUUAUUUAUUUCAUAAUACCUCAUACUUUCCACUGUUAGGCCUAUCAAACAAUUGAAAAAUUGUUAUUAUUAGUUUGGAUAAUAUUAAUAUUUUCAUAUUAAUUUCUCUACUAAUUAGAUAGUUUAUUCAUUUAUUUAUUCAUUUUGCAAACUAAAUUUGUUCAACUAAUUGUUCUAUCAUUCCGGUUCGACCUUUGAGUUUACUUCUCUGUAAAGAUCUUCCAAAUACAGUAAUGCACUGGGAUGUAUCAUUAGGAUUGGUAUUAUUAGAUUCUGUUAUUUUUGGAUCUGCUUUAUAGUUCAGCAGUUAUAGAGGAAAUCUCAAUAGUUCUAAUAUCAAUUAACCUUUUGAAAUUUAGGGGUAAUUUUCGGAUUAUUUUUGGGGUAUUUAAAUUAAUUUAUUUGUUUGAAUCGUUGAAGGAUUAAUAUUGUUAGUUUCAGUUAUUGUUUGGGGUAAUUUGGGGAUCCUUUUUGUGGUAUUCAAAUUUAUUUAUUCGUUUGGAUCUUUGAAGAAUUAAUAUUGUUAGAUCUAGUUAUUAUUUAUUUUAUAAUACCUUAUUCUUUACUCAAAUCUAUCGUUAAGUACAGUUAACCGUUUUGCAUAGAGUGUUUGUAUCGUCUACUCCGCGAGUAAACGCUUCCAGUGUGUUGCAUCUCAUUACUUAACAUUAUAUUGUUCACGACGCUCCGCCCCGCUCCGCUCCGCUCCGCCUUCAGUGUGUUUGUAACCUUAGACCUAUCAACCAAUAUAAACAGUUAACACUUUUGCUGAAGUGUUUCGGUAUUAAUUAUUAAUGAUUUAUUCAUUUAUAACAUCGAGUACUUGACAUUGUUUUCGAGUAAUACUUCCAUUUACAACGUUUAUUUAUUCAAUCAUUCAGGAUUACAUAAGUUUCAGUAGAGUACCACAGGCUUUCGCCCAAAACGGUUCCAAUUCUAAUAGUGGAACAGAAGUUGGCUGAAGAAUCUACUUACGUGAUCUCUUGAGGCAAAAUUUUCCCCAAAAUGAGUUCAUAUCUCUUCCAUAGAAGUGCUAGUGUUCGUGCUCAUGUCAAAAAAUUUCUAACAAAUUCAUUCUAAAUAAUAUCAUUUUCAAAUUCAAAAUUAGGCGUUCUGCGUCUAUCAUCUGAUCUCCACACAAUUACUUUCUAAACGGUUUUAGAACUUCUGGUGUUAGAACUUAGAAGUUUUUGAACUUCUGGUCAAGGUAUAUAAAUAUAACUUGUAUUUUAUAGACCUUGCUUCUGGUCCCCUAUACGUUGAAGGAUUGUUACUGUCAGUUUCAGCUGUUAUUCAUUAAUUUAUCUCUACAUUGUUUGAUUAUUUGUUGAACUUUUGAAAGACACAACUGGCUGAAGCCCAAGACUGCAUAGAAGAGAGAAAUUGUUAAAGGAUGGUACUGUAGUUCGUGGAAGAUCUCGGUAUUGUUGAUAUAAAUUUUUGUUGAACAACAACAUUUUGCGAUACUUUUAUUUCAUCAGAUGUGCCGUUUUCAGAAUAGGGAAAGGUGUUCCCUAGUUUACAAACAUGUAGCCUAGAGUCUUAAUAAAGUAUUAAUAUUAAUAUAGUCUUUAUCUCUAACUGUACAUAAUAAUCUAUGUAUUAGAAUAGAAACAGAAUUCAUUUUUUUGAUUGGAAGCAAUUGGUAUUUUGAUGAAUGCGUCGAUUUUUUGUCUUGGCUGAGCAUCACAUUGUAUAAAACAUUACAUGGUGUGAAUUUUUAAUCUUAAUCAUACAUACAAUCUAUGUAAGGAGAAACCAGUUUAUGAUUUUCUGAUUGAAAGCGUUUGUGAAUUAUGUAAGGGAUUUAUAGGCCUCCACAAAAUAUGUAAGCUACUGCUGGCCUUCAAUUAAAUAUGUAAUGGACGAAUUGAAAUAACACUACCUGUUUUAUGGGUGGGUGCAAAUGAUAAUAUUGGGCUAUUUCAAAUGAUAAAUAUAUUUUAAAAAAAUCAAUUACACAUGAAAACAUUGUAGUUUUCUUGUGGCUGAUCCAUUAUACCUAUAAUAAUCGUAAAGUCGUCCCUUAUCUAAUAAUAUUUCAUUUUUCUUUAAAAAUGCAUUACAUUGUUUAAGUAUUAAUACCGUACAGAGGUAUUGGAAAAAAUGAUCAUAUGGGUGGUUGCCUGUGAGCAACUAGAAACAAAUAUUAAUAAGUUCUUUAUUGGCAAAAAUAUACCAUUUUAGAUUUCACAAACGCUAUAAAAAUUCGAUAUCAAAACUAUAAAAUCUGGACAUUUAUUUAUCUAUUUAUCACAUUGUGUACAAAUACUUAACAUGAGGAAAGGCACAACAUGCUCAUGCC